AUGCUACACUCUAUCUACGACCUCACCACGUCCUGUCGCAAAACUACGGGCAAUGUCCCUGCAAAGCUUGUUGGUGCUUCGACCACCGUGGUGGGGUCAAAAAUGUAUCUCUUUGGUGGCCGACAAGUAUCAGAACGCAGGAUGGUGUCUGACCUCUACGUAUUUGAUCUCAAGACACUGGAAUGGGAGAAAAUACCGUCUCAUCCUGAGGAUGAUGUUCCUCGACCGCGGUACUUUCACUCGUCUGACUCUUGGAACAACCAAUUGAUUAUAUUCGGUGGAAUGAGCAACCAGCCAGAUUCUCCCAACCCUGACGAGCUCUGCGUUCUCAAUGACGUUCGUUUCUUCGAUAUCGCGACCGGUCACUGGCUUCCAUCGUCGCAGACAAUCUCCCCCGUCAACGACUCCCUUAUUCCUCGCGCGCGGUACGCGCAUCUUUCCUCCGUCACUGCCGAUAAGCUCUUCAUAAUAGGAGGCCAGGACUUUUUUAAUACGUGGCUGGACGACGUAUGCGUGUAUGAUCUCCUUGCAAAGACCUGGGUCCGGAGACGCGAUUAUCCGCGACAUUGUGGGACUUAUCGUAGCGUCGCGGUCUCUUCCCAUCUCACAGUCAGGCUUCCUCAAGAGGAAGUCAGGGCAUACAACUCUACUGCCCCUGUUGCGCGGUUCCGCACCAAUAGUGGGAAUAAGAAUACUCCUCCUUCAUUAUCGUCCGCCAAUGAGGACUUUACUCCACCGGAAUCACUUGUAUACCACCCGUACUCGACCUCUCCCACGAAAGAUCACCCAUCUGACAUUUAUCUAUACAGCAAUUAUAACUUUACUGACGUGAAGCGUGAAUUGGAAGUCUUUUCACCACUUCCUGAUAGGGAUUUUAACAUUGAAGACAGAUCUGCUGCGAUGGGCGGAACAACGUUCCCUCCAGGUCUGAGGUUUCCCACAGGCGCGAUCCUCGGCACGAACCUUAUCAUUGCGGGAACGUACUUGGCGCAUAGCUACCAGUCAUUUUCUAUAUGGGUCCUGGAUCUCCUGACGAUGCACUGGGCACGUAUUGACCCUGGGAAAGCCGUGGAAACCGGCUCUUGGUUCCGUGGGUGCCUUUCUACAGAGAGUAACAAGUUCUUCAUCUUUGGGAACCGCGAUGGUAAUCUGGUCGACGAUUACAAUCGGCGGUUGCUGAGCUGGGAGCAUGUUGCAGUGGUGGAUCUAGAGGCCUUUGGUAUUUACCAGCCGCCUCCGCUUAGGAUCGACCUGGAGAUGCAAGAGUUAGGCUUAAGUGCCUUGGAGGAGGGUGUCAUGGCCGACUUCGAGGUUGUGUGCGAGGAUGGUCGAAAGAUACCUUGUUCUCGACGGAUUUUGGAGGAACGGUGGACAUGGUUCAAGGAUCAGAGACGGAAGCUGCUGGAAAGUGCGUUGACGACGAUUGAGGGACUACCCACGAGUCCAAUGCAUGUGUCGCAGCCGGAGCUUCCGGGCUCGAUUUCUAAUGAACCGAGGGCAGAUCCGAGACUGACGCCAAGAGCCCUCCAUCUCUCAGAGCCGUAUCCCAUUACUCUGGCGUUACUGCAGUACUUCUAUUCGUUGGCUUUGAUCACACCUUUGCAGCAGGCCCCGGCAGUGCUGAGCCAACUGUUGGUACUCGCAACGAACUAUCAGAUCAUGCAUUUGGAGACGCUCGUGAGGCAUGCUAUGCAUCGAGCACUCUCGAAUUCGACGAGUGUGGGUGUGUAUGAGGUCGCGACGCUUUGCAAUUGUAGAAGUUUGCAGAUUCGGGCUUUGAAGACGGUUAUGUCUUACACGCAGAAGCGGCCCAAAUCUAAAUCUGACAAAGAGAACGGCGGAGGCGGACGACCUCCCGGCCCCGAUGGGAGAUCGCACGACGGACCAGCAAAUGGUGGCGGCCAUGGCCCUGAUAAGUAUGCUAGACCUCGUGGGACGUCUGACGCAAAAUGGAGGACCGCCCCGGGUCUCGACCCUGGCCCUAGUAGUAAUAAUUAUAGCUCGAGUAAGCGCUUCAUAUAA